AUGGUGCCAAAGAAGAGACCCGGCGAGUGGCGUCCUUGCGGCGACUACAGAGCGCUGAACGCCCGCACCGUACCAGACCGCUACCCGCUGCCGUACCUGCGGGACUUUUCAGCCGACCUGCAUGGGUGCACCGUCUUCAGCACCAUUGACUUGGUGAAGGCUUACCACCAGAUCCCGGUGGAGCCUGCCGACGUCCCCAAGACAGCCAUCACGACACCGUUCGGCCUCUACGAAUGCGUUCGGAUGCCGUUCGGCCUCAGAAACGCCGGACAGACCUUCCAGCGUUUCAUGGAUGAGGUCCUCCGCGGCAUACCGGGCUGCUUCGUCUACCUGGACGACAUUCUGCUGGCCAGCCCGACUGCCGAACACCACCUGCAGCUCCUGGACCAAGUGCUUCAGCGCCUCAACACCUACGGCGUCGUCGUCAACAGGCACAAGUGCGUCCUGGGACAGGAGCAGGUGGUGUUCCUCGGCCACUCGGUAGACGCCGACGGCGUCCGCCCGCUGCCUGGACGAGUCGAGGCCAUCAAAGACUUCCCGGAACCGACCACUCAGUCCCAGCUACGGAGGUUCCUGGGGAUGGUAGCAUACUACCACCGCUUCAUCCCCCAGGCAGCCGAGCUCCUGCAGCCUCUGCACGCCUUAAUCACCCACAAGGCAAAACGCUCGAGAGCGCCUGUCACGUGGACAGACUCGGCGCGGCGGCGUUUCAAGAACGUCAAGGACGCCCUGGCCACGGCGACACAUCUCGCACACCAAGUCCCGGACGCGCCGCUCGCCAUCUUCGUCGACGCCUCGGACUGCGGAGUGGGCGCCGUCCUCCAGCAGCACGUCGCCGGCGAGUGGCAGCCCCUCGCUUUCUUCUCGAAAACGCUCCAACCUGCGGAGAAGAAAUACAGCACGUUCGGGCGCGAGCUGCUCGCUAUCUACCUGGCCGUCCGGCACUUCAAGCACGCCAUCGAAGGACGGUCAGCAAUCAUUUUCACAGACCACCGCCCGCUGGUAACGGCCAUCGGCUCCUCGUCCGACCGCUAUUCGCCACGAGAGGUCCGCCACCUGGACUACAUCGGCCAGUUCGUGUCUGACAUCCGCCAUGUGCCUGGCAAGGACAACGUGGUCGCCGACACGCUGUCACGCACGGUCUCGAUGGUGGCCCAGCCGCGCCCCCCGCUCGCCGACUUCACUGCCAUCGCCAAGGCCCAGUCCGAAGACGGCUCGCUGGAAGACCUCGAGGCCUCAGACACCUCACUGCGCCUGCGCCACAUCCCGGUCGGCGAUGGACUCUGUCUGCUCUGCGACGAGUCCACCGGAUCGCCUCGGCCGGUCCUCCCGGAGGCGCUGCGCCGGCCCUUCGCCAAGGCUCUGCACGACCUGUCGCACCCUGGCGUCGAGGCCACCGUCAAGCUCGUCUCUAAGCGGUUCGUCUGGCCCGGUAUGGAUCGCGACGUGCGCCGCUGGACCCGAACCUGCCUCGCCUGUCAGCGCUGCAAAAUCGGCCGGCACACCAAGUCUGACGUCGGCACCUUCCAGCCACCUCAGCAACGCUUCGACCACGUCCACGUGGACCUCGUCGGCCCGAUGCCUCCGUCAAGAGGGCACUCGUACCUCCUGACGUGCGUCGACCGGUUCACUCGGUGGCCAGAAGCCAUCCCUCUGCCGGACAGCCGCACCACCACGGUCGCCCGCGCCUUCCUCGAGCACUGGGUCGCCCGAUUCGGCGUUCCGUCCAUCAUCACGACGGACCGAGGUGCCCAGUUCGAGUCGGCCCUCUGGUCGGAGCUACAGCGAUUCCUGGGCUGCCAGCGAACUCGGACGACGUCCUACCACCCGGCCUGCAACGGUAUGGUGGAACGCCUGCAUCGCCAGCUGAAGGCCAGCCUCCGUGCACACCAGGCUACGUCAUGGACGGACGUGCUGCCGCUGGUGCUCCUGGGCAUACGCUCCACCAUCAAGGCGGACCUGCAGGCGACGUCAGCCGAGCUGGUGUACGGCUCCUCACUGCGGCUUCCCGGCGAGUUCUUCAUCAGCAGCCAAGCCUCAGCAGCAUCACCAGCCGGCUUCGUACAGGACCUGAAGCGCGCCAUGUCUCAGGUGCGGCCGACACUCCCACGUCCGGUCCAGCGCGCCACCCGAUACUACGGACGACCCGCUCCGGCCGCGUCAUACGACCUCCGGAUCAUGUCGGAGCAGUAUUUUCCACGUGGUGGCAAGAUUAAGAGGAAGGCCACUGAUGCUGAAGAUAAGCAAGAUGAAGAGAAGCUGUUUGAUGAUCAGCCAAAGAAGAAAGCAAAGAAGCAGAAGGUGAAGCAAAAGAAAUUAAAAGGAGAAGCCAAAAAGACAAAUGGAACAGCUGAAGAUGAUUUCACCCAUGUGGAGCCUCUGAAGCAAGAUGACCUGGAGGCACAAAUGGUGCUGCUCGGGCGGGUGAAGCAGGUGGAGGAGUUCCACCUGCUGGUCAGCCUGCCCUGCCACCUGGUAGGCUCGGUACCACUCACCAACAUCUCCAGCACGUACAGCAGGCUCGUCGGCAGCCAGCAGGACGGCGAGUCGGCGCCGGUCCUGUCGGACCUCUUCUCGGCCGGCCAGUACGUCAGCUGCAUGGUGACCAAAGUGGACCAGUCCGGCCACAAGGUGCGCAACACGCUCUCCGUCAGGCCGGAGGACGUCAACAGCAGCCUGCCGGCCUCGGCGCUCGGCCCCGGACUGAUGCUGCAGUGCUCAGUGAAGAGCGAGGAGGACAAUGUGUUCGACAUCGACUGCGGCAUCGCCGGCACCCGCGCCGUCCUGCCCAAGUCGGCCCUCGGUGCCGACCCGCCCGCGCUCGUGGCCGGCCAGGUGCUCUGGUGUCUGGUGGACUCUGUCCGCGCGGGGGACGGGCUCCACACCCUCACCCUGUCUGCCGACCCGGCGCGGCUGAACGGAGCUGAGCCCAGCGCCGAGUGUGGCCUCACGAGGCAGACGCUGCUGCCCGGCAUGAGGCUGCCCAUCACCGUGGCCAAGGUACUACCAGGAGGACUGCAGGUGCGACUUCCAUUCGGCGUCACCGGACUCAUUUACAAAACCCAGCUGGACGAGCCGGCGGACUGUCCGGACGACUACAACCCCGGCGCGGCGGCGCACGCGCGCAUUCUCUACACCCUACCGGUACUGCGGCGCGUCUACCUGAGCCUCCGUCCGGCCGUGUGCCGCCUACCUGCCACCGAACCCGACACGGACCUUCUGACUGAAUCGGCCGGGGAGCGGCUGUCGGCCCAGGUGCUCGACUCGGACCAGCACGGUGUACGAAUGGUGCUGGGUGACGGCGAAGAAGGAGGCGCCGUGGCGUAUGCGCCCGUGUGGCACGCGCGACGAGUGGGCGCCGGCCGCUGGCAGAGAGGCGAGAAGGCUUCCUGUACGCUGCUGGCCUAUGAUGCCAUGGAUGAGGUGUACAUCGCAUCCAUGAAAGGCGGCAAGGACGCGCCGAAGCAGGCGCCCAGUCUGGAGGUGGGCGCCAAGGUCACGUGUCGAGUGAAGGAGCUGCUGGACCAGGGCUGCAAGGUGGAGCUCGACGGCGGGGUGUUUGGCUUCAUACCCAACCACCACCUGACCAAUGUGCCCGUCAAAAACCUGCAGACCAUGUUUCCAGUGGGAAAGAAGCUCAAAUGCAAGGUGAUCCACUCGGACCCGGAGCGGCGCCGACUGGUCCUCACCCAUAACGCUCGGCUGGUCAACACGGGCAUCGGCCUGGCGGCGGACUCCGACCAGCUCAAAAGGGGCAGCACACACCACUGGAUCGUCACCAAGGUGCUGGAGCGAGGUCUGAUCAUGACAGGCUACUCGGAUCUCAGCGGAUUCGUUCCGGCCGCGUUCGCCGGCUCCGCGCUCGACGACUUCUUCCCCGGACAGAUUGUACAGUGUUCGGUACACAAGGUGCGCCAGCCGUCGGCUGAUGGUGGUGGUGACCGUCGGGUGACGCUGUGCCCGGUCCGCGAGGCCGGCCAGCAGCCCUGGUGCGGCCGAGUGUGCACCGCCCGGGUGACGGGACGCGCCGCCGACCGGCUCCUGGUGAUCACCGAGGACGGUCAGCGCGCCGAGCUGCCCGCAGGACACCUCACCGAUGUACCGGAGCACGCCGCCGCGCAACUCGCCAGGUAUAAAACCGGCGACGAGAUUGAAGUCGUCGGGCUGGUCGCCGUGGGAAAGAAACUUGUCGUCUCUGCCAAGCCUCUGUUUUUGGAGUAUGUUAAAAACAAGCGUUACCCGAGCUCUGCUGAGGAGGUGGUGGCCGGUGUGCGGGUGCCCGGCUCGGUGAUCCACUCGGACGAGCGAGGCGUGGUGGUGGCCUUCCCGAGCCCCUAUCCGGCGGGGACCUACCGGCUGAGACUCCAGGCCCUGUGUGACGGCUGGCAGCCGGACAUGUCCUCUCUGACCGGCCUCGAACACCGCACCAUCAUGCUGGAGGUGAUGCCGGCGCCGGCCGACAGCGAGUCCACCUUCGUCAGGCUCUCCGGCAGGAUCAACUACCGGGAGGAGCAGGGCGGCUCGGUGUACCUGCGCCGGUGUCUGCGCGAGCUCUCGGAGCUGGUGCCUCCGUCACCGGCCGCCGGGGACGCGGUCACCGGGCAGGUGAUGACCUCUGACCCGGCCGGGGUCACGGUGCGCCUGCCGGACGGCCGGGUGGGCGCUCUGCCCGGCGGAGAGGCUCGCGCGGUCGGUGACACGGUCACGGCCACAGUGCUGCAGGUCACCCCGGCCGGCCACCUCAGUCUGGCGGCCGGCGAGCGGAUACUGCCCGCGGCGGCGCAGGCCGGCGUCACGGUGGGCCAUCGGUACACUGCCCGCGUGCUGGCAGCUCCGGCCGCCGGGUACCUUCUGACGGCGCUACUGCAGCCGCCGGCGCCGCCGCGGCUGGUGCAGCUGCCGGCACGGCUCGGCCUCAAUGACCUGACGGUGGGCCCGGCGCGACCCCAGCCAGGAGACACUCUCAACGUGCUCGUCAAAAGCUGUGAGGACGGCGUCAUUGUCGGUAUCGACUGCGACCGGAGGAACUUACGUGACGGCGACGGAAAACAGACCACCAAGGACCGACCGCGCGACAAAAAUUGGCAAAAGAGGAACCGCUCCGGGCCCGGCGCGCGGCCGUCCCCGCGCCGUCCCCAGAGCGCCACCGCCAUCAGCUACAGCCGGUUCUCGCUGCAGGACGACAGCUAGUCCGUGGACAUGCUGCGUGGAGGGACGGGCUGGGUGUCAUGACAAUAUACGGCCGAUCGGGGCUAGUCAGUA